GGGCCCCGCCGAUGCGAAUCGCCGCCCGCCCGCCGGCCGCUGCCGAGCGGCCGCCGCCAUGAUGCCGGCCCUGGCCGCGCAGCGGCGGGGCUGCCGCGGCCUCUACCGCCUGUACCUGCGGUGCCAGGCGGCGCCGCGGCCCCGCGCCUGCCACGGAUGGAAAGUGUCAAUGAAAAGUGGGAGCCUGUCUUAUAUUCUACCAUGUAAUCGCCUGCCUGUGCAGUUGAUGAGUCAAGUGAGAGUUUAUACUUCAAAUGGUCAGAAGAAAGAUCUUGGAUCAGAAGAUACAAAUGGAUCAGCCCGUGGAGAAACCCUGCAUAAAGUUGAAACAGGACAAGAUGCAAACAACGCAGGCCAAAAGCAGUCUUCACCUAAACAGCCAGUCCAAGUAAAAGUGAAAGCAGUCCUUAAAAAAAGAGAGUAUGGACCAAAAUACACACAGAAUAACUUCAUCACUGGAGUCAGAGCAAUAAAUGAGUUUUGUCUUAAAUCCAGUGAUUUAGACCAGCUGAGAAAAAUUAAACGACGAAGUCCCCAUGAUGACACUGAGACUUUCACGGUGUACCUGAGAUCGGAUGUAGAGGCAAAGUCUCUUGAAGUUUGGGGUAGUCCAGAGGCUCUUGCCAGAGAAAGAAAGCGACGUAAAGAGGCAGAGAUCAAGUACAGAGAAAAUCUGUUUAGAAACCAAAGGCUAUUGUGGGAAUACAAGGAGUUCUUUGGAAAUACUAAGCCACGCUCCAGUACAGCAGCUAUGUUUUUCAAGGGACCAGGGAAGGUGGUAAUGGUAGCUAUUUGCAUAAAUGGGUUGAACUUUUUUUUUAAGCUACUUGCUUGGGUUUACACGGGUUCUGCAAGUAUGUUUUCAGAAGCCAUACAUUCUUUAGCAGACACAUGUAACCAGGCAUUGUUAGCUUUGGGCAUCAGUCAGUCUGCAAGGACGCCUGACCCUAGUCAUCCGUAUGGUUUCACAAAUAUGCGCUAUAUUGCCUCCCUGAUUAGUGGAGUAGGCAUUUUCAUGAUGGGUGCAGGACUUUCUUGGUAUCAUGGGAUCAUGGGUUUACUCCACCCUCAUCCUGUAGAAUCUCUUCUCUGGGCAUACUGCAUUUUAGCAGGAUCAUUGGUAUCAGAAGGAGCCACCCUGCUUGUUGCUAUAAAUGAAAUUCGGAGGAGUGCUCGAGCCAAGGGUCUUUCAUUUUAUCAGUAUGUUGUGCAGAGUCGUGAUCCUAGUACCAAUGUGGUGUUACUGGAGGAUGCUGCAGCAGUUCUAAGCGUGGCUGUAGCUGCUACCUGUAUGGGACUGACUUCUUUAACAGGAAACCCAUAUUAUGACAGUGUGGGGUCUCUAGGUGUUGGAACUUUGUUAGGAACUGUGUCAGCAUUUCUAAUCUACACUAACACUGAAGCCCUGCUGGGACGAUCCAUUGAACCUGAACAACUGCAGCGGCUUACUGAGUUACUGGAAAGUGAUCCUGUGGUAAGAGCAAUUCAUGAUGUUAAAGCCACAGACAUGGGAAUGAGCAAAGUGAGAUUCAAGGCAGAAGUAGACUUUGAUGGACGUGUUGUUACUCGGUGUUACCUGGAAAAACAAGAUAUUGAACAGCUGCUACAAGAAAUUCAGCAAGUGAAAACCCUUGAAGAAUUAGAAGCCUUUAUGCUAAAGCAUGGCGAGAAUAUCGUUGACACGCUGGGAGCUGAAGUAGACAGACUUGAGAAGGACCUGAAGCAACGAAAUCCUGAUGUUCGUCAUGUGGAUUUGGAGAUACUGUAGACUUGAGCAGAAGAAGUCUUCAGGUUGCUACACUUAUGGAAAGAAGUCAUGUAAAGGGCUGAAAAGCUUCUGAGAUUGCAGUGACCUCAGCACCAUACCUCGCUUCCUUUGCUGUAGGCUUCCUGGACUGUUAGCACUGCUUCUGUUUCUGGAAGAGCGCUAGACUUGCAGGCAAAAAAUUUCCAUGGAAAAAUCAGUUUCAAAAAGCUACUUGAGUUAAAUUCCACAGGAGAGUCUGCCCAAGUACAUUCACUGCGAUUCAGAACUUACAACUUCAGGUUUAGUUAGGCAAAUACAGCUGCCUGAAACUAUACAACACAUGUAGUUUUUCCAUUUGUGUCCCUUUGCAGUCUGUUUGCACUUCUUUAGUUUCUUUCAAGAUAUCAUUAAAGGUUCUUGGGAGAUAUUAAGAUUAGCUAGGAAGAGUUUGUUCCAGUGGAACCUGCCAAUGUUAAAUUGUAAUAUUUCAACUGUGUGAUUGUUUCACAGUUUUUCUUUUCUAUGAGAUAAAUUGUUUCAAAUGGGCGCUGGCCUUAUCUCAAGUACCAUGACCUGGAAACCUGCUUUUUGCCACCAUUACAACUGCACUUCAGGAAAACAAGGCUUUUCACCUUAGAGGAGCCAACUGUAUGGUUUAGCCAGAAUACAUUGAGUUACUGUGAAAAAUUACUGUGUACAAAUUUCGGUGCACUUCCUCUCUUUAAAUUUUGCUUUUUUCCCUACUUUAACACUUGUUCUCUUAUUUGUAAGUAUCUUCAGAUGUGAUCUGGGAGAUAUUUAUGGUAGUGCUUAUUAAAAGUUACCUGGCAUUUUUGGCUUUUUAUAUUUUAAUAGACUCUAUUGCCAGAUAAGGUCUUUGCUAGAAGAUAUGAGAGAUGUAGCUGGAAUAUAUAAUAGUAAAAAAAUGAUCUAUUUAUAAUUAAACAAAUGAAUACAUUGUAUUUUUAAUUUAUUUGCCUUUAGAUAUUACCUGAAUUCAAAACCACUUAGCCCAAAUUUUUGUAUAACUUGAGCUUGCUUGUUUGGAAAAGUAGAGUAAUUCCAUCAGUGGUCCUCAACAAUCCAGAGAUAAGUGAUUAGUUUAUAACUUGGAAAUGUGAAAUUCUAGAGCUGUGUACAAUUGUCUCAAGGCUUUCUGCAGUAGGUACUCAAGUCGUAUCAGAUACUUUGAGACCUAGUCUUUAUUAAUAAGGCCAUGAGUACUGAACAUGCAAGUUGAAAUAUAAAUGAAAUAACCAUAUUUAAGUAGCACUGAUGACAAGUCUUUAUGCACUUUAAUGUAAAAAAAGAUUUGCUUGUGGGUGACAGGUAGUAAUAAGACCAUCCUAGUAACUCAGUUGCUGAGUAAUAGCUGAAUUGCUAAAAGAAGAAGUGUUGAUAUGAAACACAAGUCUUCAAAAAUCAAUUUAAGAUUCUAUUAUAAGCAUUGCAGCAAAGAAUUGUGGAGACCAAUAUGUACAGAUUUGACUAAAAACAUUUUAGGAUAUUUUUUUCAUACUAGGUGUCACUUCAUCAGUGAACAAUGAGAAUUUAACAUAACAUGCCUUUUUGACAACUGCAAAGCACUUUGCAUGCUGGUCAUUUUAAGUAAAAAAACAUUCCAGAAUUAAGUUACAUAUGGGGCUUCACAAACAGUUAUUGUAGGUGAAAGGAUCUUUUUGGUACCCUUUUCCAUAAUCCCUAUUCACUGGUGGCUUCUUUAUAGCAUAUUACCUUAUUAUGGCUAAUUCAAAAGAAGGCUUACGUUAUCUGGUUUUCUCCUACUGCAAAACUAGUUAGUAUAUUUAAGCCUGAUGAUUUAAAAUGCAGUUUAAAGGUAAUUUGGAAGUCUCCCAUAUGAAAUAAAUAAGGCAUAUUUUUAGCACAUGAUAAAUAAUUUACCUUUCUCCUCGCCCUUCUAUGUAAAAUUCAUCUCAUCUCAGUAUGCACUCUCCUGGUAUUAGUCUUAUUCAUGAAGAGCACUGGAACCUGGUAACGCAUAACAUGUUUUCUUCUCCUUGGAAUAUCUAUAUGGAUUUUGAAUUUGAAUAAACACAUUAAUAAACCAGUUUUUCAGAAAUCAAAAACCUGAAGAGAAGUGAAACUGGUAAAAUGUUCUUCCUGCAGAGGUUAGUGAAGACAGCCAAUGUGAUCCAAGUGGUUUGCAUGCUGGAAUUACUGAUGAAUGAAUAGUGUCAGUGUGCACUUUGCAGGGCAGAACUUUCCCUGUAAGAUUAGUAAAUAUUAUCUCAAUACCAAAGUGUUCCUGUAUAAUUUUCAAGAGGAGGUAUGAGCUUAUAUUGUUCCAAGUCAUCUGCUCCAAAAGCCUAUAAAAAUGGUUUUUUUAUUCAUUGGAGAUGUAAUUAAUCUGAAUUCUGAUCUUAGUUUUCUUAUUUGAGUCAGAAAAAUGCCCAUUCACACCUUCUGUUUAUAUUCCAAGAUAGAAUUGAGUUCCUUGUCUCCCCGUUACUUUUAUAGCAUCACGAUAUGCUAAAUUCAGGAUGUCAGGACUUGAAUGGUUUUAGGUACAUUACUGUUGACCAGUCUGAGCACCCAGUUCCAUGUUUUGAAGUGACCUGGAUGGUGAUGUACUACAAAAAGGCAGGCAGACUGGUUUUGGCAGUACUUUGUGAGUUUACAUGUCGUGCAGUUGGAUGGAAGUACUGAUUCAUUGAGCCUGCCAGGCUGGAAAAGAAUACUAAUUCCAAGCUGUUACGUUUUAAUUUAUAUGUUAUAAUUUGCAAAUUGUUUUUAAGAUAUGACAUUUUUACUGAUAAUUUUUCUUUAACUGUCUUUAUAGUCAAAAUUUUUGAGGUAAUAUGGGUCCACAACUUAGUUUACUUUUGUUUUAAUGUUUUUGAGGAAAAUAAUUAGCUAAUAAAUUUACAUAUACAUGAUAGUCCUCAGAUUAAAGAACUGUACAUGUGUGGAGGAGUGAAUUUUUCUUUAUCAUAAAUGCAAUUACAAAAUGGGUUUUUUUUACAGAUUUUAAGGAAAAUAAGUGAGGAUUUACCUAACAAUAAAGUUAUAUUCUAGGAUUUUUUCAAUUAAGGUGUGGUGUUUUAAAGUAAUUUAUUUCUGUAGACUGGCAUUGUGGGUUCUAUUUUUUCAAAUUUUGUUUAAAGUAUGGCUGCCCUCUCUGCUUUGUGGAAAAUUUUUAUAUGCUGUGCAGUGACUCAUAAUUCUGUAAAACUUAAAACGUUUGAAAAACUUGUCUUAGUGUUCCAAUAUACUGAAUGAUCUUAAUGUAUCUGAAGUCCAAGUUGGCUGGAUAGUAAUAAUGUUUUUCUAUAGAAUAUUUUUUUCUGUAAAAGAUAAAAUUCUGAAGUGAUUAUCUUUCCCCCAGCAAUGAACUUCAAGUCUAAAUUGUCUCCAUUAUACACUGGAAUUCAGCAUUUGAUGUGGUGUCCCUUUCCCCCUCUACUUUUACAGCAUUUAUUAAGAGUACAGUGGUAGUAGUAAACACCCUGGUAGAUUACUGUACUACAGGGACUCUUUGGUGGUUUGUGUUCUGGUCCAGAAGCAGUGGGGGAAACACAUUUGUUAAGGACAAGUUUGCAUCCUUUAUUCCCUGUGACUCAUCCUUGAACUGAAGGCUUUUUAGACUCCUAUUUUUUUUCUUCCUUGAAUUCCCACACAGAUUUUAUUGCUUUUUAAAAGUAACUCUUAGAGAAAGAAGCUAUUAUGAGCAUCUUACAUUUUUAAAAGCAGGGCUGAAUUCUACUCUUGGUCUGUGAAUUUUGUCCCGUACUUCCUGUUCAUUAAUAGUUGAGAAUAGUGAUUACUGUUUUGAAAGCUACAAACCAUGUUAGCCAAAACCAAGUUUUCUGAUUCUGUGAGGUUUUUUUUCAGCUGUAUCUGGACACUCAGUUUUUGAGAGAUUUCUACUGCCCCCUCUUUGAUAAAAGGAGACUGCAGGAAUGAUUUUAGGUAUAUUUUGUCUAGGUUAUACAUUGAUUGCAGUCCUGUUUCCUCUUUAUUUGUAAUAAAUUUAGCUGUUUUUUCUUUUUCUGUAACGAAGAAAACAAUAUAUAUAAUGAACUUUCUCUAAUAGUGAUGAGUACAUCAAAUACAGUCUUCAUGCAAAGACUUUCUAUGCCCUUCUCUAUUCAAAGUGUGGCGAUUUUUGAAAAUUGUCAAUGAAGUAAUCCUUUUUCUAAACUUGACUUAGGUGUUUUCCUUAUAGAAGAAACCAGAGCACCAUUUUGUUUAAGAUUUGAAAACAAAGUGUUUCCUUUUAUGGUCAUAUGUUCUUGAGGCAUUUUGGCAUGGUAGGAUAAUUGAUGAAUAUUGACUCAUGUACAAAACCUGCCCUUCUGUGCAUAUCUAGAGGCUUACAGAAGUGAAUAUAAAAUGACAGUGUGCUUUUUUUCCUUCUAGCUUAAGUGUUGUGCUGCUUCUGUUCUUAUUGUUGGCUCUGAAUGGGGAGUACCAUUAACAUCUCUUUUGCAGAGUUUACCUGCUUAAUGUAAAUGAGAAGUUGAGAUGUACCAAAAAGAUUUUUUUAAUACAGGGUUUGCAUAGCUUAAGUAAUUUUUCCUUUCUUGUUAGUGAGACACAAAUCAUUAAGAUCAAAAGUAGACUAUAUUACAUAAAAAAAGAAAUAGGAAUCCAGGCUCUAAAGCACAAUAGUUCAAUUUUUGAAAUGUAUAUCCUUUGAGGAAAAUAAAACAGAAGCUCUAAGUGGAUGUAUGGUCUAUAGAAACUGCGGUCAGGCUUUGCUGAAGCAAAAGAAAUUAAACUAAAAGUAUAUGAUUAAAAGAAAAGAACCCAAGGAAGGAAAAGACCCAAGACACUGAGCAUCUGGAAAUAGGAAAGGAUGAAAAUAAUCUAAAAAACUUGUCCAGAAAUAAGAAAUAAUGAUUGGAGAAUUCCCUAUACUGAAAAUCAGAGCUUCUGUCUAACUAUGUCCUGAUAUGGUGUUCAGCCUUGCAGGUACAAACCUAUUUGUCCACUGAAGACUGCUAAGGGUGAUGUUGUAAUCUCAGUUUUUGUUGGUGAGAUGUGUUUGGUAAGUAGAGGGUGAGUAAUGUUAUUUGUGAAAGUGAGAACUGGAGUGAAUUAAAGAGAAAAUUAAUUGAUUCUUUUAGACUGAAGCAUCAUAUUGAAUGUGCUGUGGGAAAAGAGGUGCUCUGUUGUAAUGUCUGCAGAAUUCUUGCAAUGGACUGUAGUCAUUGAUGAAUACAUUAGUCUUUAUUUUUCAAUUUACUGAGAUGUCUGUGGAUAAGCAAGAUUUCUAAUUAACAUUCUGAAAAGGAGAUAAAACAUUCAAAAUAUAAUGUGAAAAGGACGUAUGUUUUUAAAAUAACACAGACAUUAUAGCACAUUAUAAUAGAUAGGCAGAAAGUAUUCUGUUUACGUAGGGUGCUUGUGGACAUUUUUUUCUUGUGUAAAUCAAAGCUACCAAUUAAAAUAAAAGGCCAUGGUUACUUUUUAUAAGUGUUACACUAACAGCAAGCCCAGUCAAAUUUUUGUAUAGCCAGCAUUCAUAGUUCUGUUCUGAGGUGCCUGUUAAAAUAGUGGAAUACUCAUCCAUAAUCUAGCAUAAAUUUGGUUUUUGUAAUCUAAAUUACAAGAUUAGACUCUUUAAAACUUUUGAGGUUAUGAUCAGCUGCUUCAAAUCUGAAGUCAGAAGAAAAAAGGAAGCAAUGAUGUAUAAAUGAUGUAAUAUAAAAGGGAUUUUGUAAGCUACUCUUCAAAUUAAAUAUGCUGAAGGACUGUGUGAAAAGUGUUUGAAAAAUGCCUAAAGCAUUUGGAAAGCAUUUUGGCUAUUGCCAAGAUGGCAUUAAAUUUGAAAGUCAACAGAGAGGAUUUUUCACCCGUGGUACAACUUUCAAAGGGCAAUGUCAAAGUCAAAAUCCAUUUUUCCAUGCAAUCUUUUAAUCAGAUUCACCAGUCCCCUCCCCACCCCAUGCCUUGCAUUUUGGUGUAUCGGCUUUUUCAUUCUGUGUCUUGGUUACUCCAUAUUGGUAUGGGGCAGUCAUUUUGAUUUGUGAGGUGUAGACCUUGGAAUACUUACCUGCAUAUGUUCUUUGUUCUGUAAUUAUACUUGAAUUCAGUACAUUCUGUAUCGUGGCUGGAAGUUGUAAUUUCUCAGUAAAAUGUUACAUAGCCAGUAAGGGUCGUGUUCUGUUAAUUUAAGCAAUUUUAUAUGUAUUGGAAAAGUAAGCAAUAACACUGGCUCUAGGCAGCUGAUGAUUCACUAUGUUUCUGAAUUCCAAUAGCAUAUAACUGUUUUAUGGAUGUCAAACAAAGGUUCUGUCCAUCUCUUUGUGCUAGUUAUUCAAUCUGCCUUUGCAACACUGGCACACACUGUUCAAUAGCAUGUGCUGGGUGAGGGAGCAACAUGCCCAGGCUGGCCAAGCUCUGUAUUUGUUCUCUGAACCUCACUGGCAAAUCUGCCUUUCAUCCUGUUCUCUCCUUGCCCUCAAAGAGGGUGGUUCCUUCCCCAGUACUGGGAAAGCUCUUUCUGCCUGGCUUGGAGGCCCACUGGCACUGUCUCCAGUUUGGAUUACCUGUCCUGAUCCAGAUGGAAGGAUGACAUGAAGAAAGGUAGUACUACAGAUGGGCUGCGUGUCUGUGUAUAGUCAAUGGUAUGAAGAAUUCCUUGAAGAGGUUGGAUUUAAGUGUUAGGCUUGCAUAGUAACCGUAGUUUCACAAUCCCAGCAAAGCUGUCCAAGCCUCUUAAGAAAAGGCUUGAAAUUAGUCAGCUUAGAAAGGAUUUAAUGUACUGUCUGGUACACUUAAGUUCUGCCUCUUAUCACUAAUACUAAUAAAACUGCUUAUUUAUCCAGUUAUGGGAAGAAUUGCUUCUAACUGGGCUAAAAAAAAUUAUGUGGUUGGAAAGAAGAGUCAAAAGUGUCAGAAAUCUGGCUAAUGAAGUGGAGAAACUUGAAAAACUGUUUUUUGUCUGUAUGGUAUCACAUACUAGAAAUAAAGGGGUCAAGCAACAUUGCAGGAAAGAUUUUGGCUAUGCACUGUAUGUCCUUAUUGCUAAAGAUGUUUCAUUUCAUAGUGAAGAGAUUCCCUUUCUCAAGGGAAGUUUGUUGGAUUCCUAUGGUUUUGUUGUGCUUUUUUUUUUUCCUCUAAUGAACCAAAUGGCACAAGAUCCACCUGAACAGAGAAGUGAGACUUGAGGGCCUCAUCUCUUGUCUAUUUGAGGUCAAGUUCAAAUACUGGGCUGUCUUUGGGAUGUUGGAAUAACCAAGGAAGUGGUCUCAGCCACUUCAAAAGAGGGAAAGAGCUCUGUCAUUUCACAUAAUGUAACCUGGAAUCUUCCAAAUACUUUCUUUAUUUGCUGUCUGUGACAUUUAUUGAAAGGGCAUUCCAAAAUAAUUGUGUUAAAUCAGGGGUAAUGGGUUGAAGUGGGACCUUGCAGUCAGCUGGUUGAAGGUGAUCUUAAAAGUGCUGUUCAAGAAGGAGUUUUGCCUGUCUUUGCAUAUACUUUAUGAAGGACUUAUUAAAAGAUCAUGAAAAGUAAA